AUGGACGCCGCCGAGGGUCCAACGUCUCCCGUUCUCGGCGCGACGUCGUCGCCAAAGGUGACCAACAAGAAGCCGAAGCAGUGGCGCUGGGCCGAGAACGAUUUCCCCAACCGCGACAUCGACUACGAAGUGAAGAUACACAAGGACGAGGCACUGCCCCUCAUCGAAAACUGGCUGAAGGACAACUAUGAGAGACGGACGGGCGUGUGCACGGCCAAGCGGGGCCUCUACGCUGACUACCUCUCGUUUUGCAGGGACAACUGCGUGGAAACGAGCAACAACUCGGCGUUCGGCAAGGUGUUCAAGAAGGUCUUCCCUGGUGUGGAGACACGCAGGUUGGGCAAGAGGAGCAGCAACAUGACCUUCUACCACGACUUUGCCCGGAAAGGAACUACGGCAGCGGGACCAUCAACGAUGGCCGCGGUGUCGGACGCGGUGACGCCGCUGCGACGGCCCAAGCGAAGCCUGAAGAAGCGGAAGGAGCGGCCGAUGAAGGGCAGCCUGCACGACCACGGCGACGACCCCGAGGGCGAAUACGAUCGCGAGACCGAGCCGCCGCGACCGAAGGAGCCGCGCCACGCCUUCGCGCCCAAGCACGCUCCACCACCACGGCUACGCGGAGGCGCCGGCCCAAUCGAUAACGGCGGCAGUGGAGAGGUCAAGCUCGAGAACGGAGCCAGCAACGGGCGCCCGCCGCACAUCUGGGAGGACGGAGAGCUGCGCCUGCAGCCGGCGCAGACGCAGAAGCUGGCGGUGCUGAUGAACUACUCCGACACCUAUUGGCGGGAGGUGUGGGCGCUUUCGGCUCUCAAUCCGGCGUGCCUGGAGAGCAAGACCGUGACGGCCCUGUUCUUCACCCCACCGGGCUCGGAGCCAGACGUCGAUCCCGUGCUGGCGUUGAGCACCUACCACGCUCUUUCUGUCGGCGCAUUUUUGGUCGGGGACCUCGAGGCGGCGGAAGAGCUCUUUGAGCAAACGAGACACCAGCUCGGCGGGGUGUUCGACACCACCCACUAUGACGUGGCCAACGCCCUGUGCGGCAUCGCAUUCUGGCACCGGUUUGCGUGCACCAACCGAAAACAGCUCGAUGAGCGAACGAUCUACUACCUCAACCAGUGCCUCCAGAUAUGCCGCAACCUGCGGGACACGAACAGCGAUAUCUACCUGACGGCGAUGAGGGAGUGGGGCUACUUUGUGGGGUACUCGGAGGAGUGGCUCAAGGUGAUCGACGAGGCCGAGCGAAGUAAGCUCGUCGAUGGCUACACACCGGCCUACACGCGACACUGGGCAAUCGACCCCAAGUACAUACUCAUACACACGAACCAGAAGGGGCUCUUCAACAGCGUGUGCCGGGAGGUGGAGAGUUUUUACCGGUUGCUGCUGCGCUAUGAGAGGGAGGCUCGGAGAGGAGCGACGACGGGGCAGCAGGACGGGGCGACGGUAGCGGCCGGCUGCUCGGGGAACGACGUUCCCCUCGAGAACGGUGGGCGGCGCGGCGUGAAGGCCGAGGCGAAGUGGCCAAGCGAGCGACCACCACCGACAACGGCGGCGGCCGACGACGACCUCCUGCGAUCGUGGCGACACGAGCUGUACAUACAAAAGAGCGUGGUGGACGACUUCACCAGGAAGAUCCUGCAGGGCGAGAUGCGGUUCCUGCCGCUGGCCACCUCCAUCAUCAUUCACAUGACACUCAUGCUCCACGUCCGAUAUUUCGCCGCCGUUGGGCAAGUGGAGAUGGGCCGACAGGCGGCAGCGAUGCUGGUCAAGCUGUUGAUCUCGCUGCCCAAGGCCUUCAAGGCAGUUUUGAUGUCGCGGAUGGAGGGAGAGAUGAAAGAGUUUAUGGCAAUGCUGGAGACGCGAUGGCUGAGCUGUUUGACGCGACUACUUUCAGAGUUCAAGGCACGAUUCGUGCAGCUGGCCAGCCUCAAGGACGGCUGCGCGGCUCAGCUCGCGCAGCGAAAACGGAGCGCCGCGGACGACGCCAACGCCGACGAGCCACCGCCCGAGUACUCGACCGGCCAGGAACUCGAGCCCACCGGGCGCGAGAAGGAGGAGCUCCUCCGCUACUUCCUGGCCGGCCCCGUCGCGGGCGAGCGAUCCAGCCACGAAGCGAUUGCUCACUCGCGCGUGGGGGAGCGGAAGUGGAGCGACGGAAAUGAGUGA